AUGGUUAAACAUAUAACAUUUUUGAAUUAUUAUAAUGAUGAAUAUACAUAUUCAUUAUUCUGCAAAUGUGAAGAAAUUAUAGAUGGCAUAAAUCGAAGACAAGCAGUGAGUAUUUACCAAGAUAAGUGUAAUAAUAUUGAUGAUAAUUAUUCUGAUAUUUUUAACUCCAAUAUUAAAGAAAUAUGCUGUCAAUCCCUGGAAUAUUUAAAUAAAGUAUAUAAUGGAAUACAUUAUGAUUUAUUAUACAAAACUGGUUUUAAAUACUUGUAUUAUUGGCUAUAUAAGCAUAAAUUUAAAAGUAAUAAAGAAAGUUCAAAUUUUAAAGUCAUUUAUAAAGAAAUAAUCAAAAUAUUUAAUGACGAAAUUAGCAGUGUAACUUAUGAUAAGGAUUAUCAAAGUGUUACU